GGGAUCGACAUUCUGAAUAUUGGGAGAUGGUUCCAAAACAACAUGAGCCAUGAGGUUGAACAGAAAUCCCAUCAACCCACUGAGAGAGAUGAAUCACGUUUUUAUUAAUACCAGACUAAGAACACUGUAGAAACUCCGGAAGACAACAAUGGAUUUACUUAAUGUGCAUACAGAGGAAUGAAAAUGGCCUUCCUAAGAUAGUUGUCUAUUAACGUACAAAACCAGUAGGCAAAGCUCUCCUAGCUCAGAAGAGUGCAUCAACUCCAUCAGAAGUAAAACAUCAAAUAUGUCAUCUUCACAUUCAAAAACUAGCGCAAAUGAAAAGGAUUUGGGGUGUAUCAAAUCUGUGGAUUCUGUCUGUGUAACAGGAGAUUUAAAGAAGUGUACUAUGAUAAUUCUGCAUGCAAGUGCAAACGGAAAAGGUGACAGACAUAGUGAAUGUGUGGAAGCAAGUAAAACUAAAGAUCAGAAAAACGAUUUACAGAAAUUUAUAAAAACACAUGCAGGUGAAGAACAAAGUUAUCAAUGUGAUGCCAAUGGGCAGGCAAUCAAUCAGACAGGGGACUUUGAAAAACACAUGAGGAUACAUGCUGUUGACAAGCCUUAUCAAUGUGAUGUCUGUGGGAAAUUAUUCAAUCAGUUAGGAAACUUACAGACACACAUGAGGACACAUACUGGUGAUAAACCUUACAAAUGUGAUGUUUGUGGGAAAAUGUUCAAUGUAAGAGGAAACUUACAAACACACAUGAGGACACAUACUGGUGAUAAACCUUACAAAUGUGAUGUCUGUGGAAAGGCAUUCAGUCAGAGAGACAUAUUGCAAAACCAUUUGAAGAUACAUACUGGUGAUAAACCUUAUGAAUGUAAUGUCUGUGGGAAGGCGUUCAUUCUAAAAGGAACAUUACAGACACACAUGAGGAUACACACUGGUGAUAAACCUUAUAAAUGUGAUGUCUGUGGGGAGAUGUUUAGUCAAAAGGAAACAUUAAAGACACACAUUAUGACACAUACUGGUGACAAACCUUAUAAGUGUGAUGUCUGUGGAAAGGCAUUCAAUCAUAGAGGAAACUUGAAGGUACACAUGAGGACACAUACUGGUGAUAAACCUUAUAAAUGUGAUGUCUGUGGAAAGGCAUUCAUGCAAAAAGGAACAUUACAGAUGCACAUGAGGACACAUAAUGGUGAUAAACCUUAUGAAUGUGAUGUCUGUGGGAAGGCAUUCAUUCAGACAGGAGACUUGCGUACACACAUGAGGACACAUACUGGUGAAAAGCCUUAUAAAUGUGAUGUUUGUGGGAAGGCAUUCAGGCAGACAGGAAACUUGCAAACACACAUGAAGACACAUACUGGUGAAAAGCCUUAUAAAUGUGAUGUCUGUGGGAAGGCAUUCAGUAUAACAGGAAAUUUACAGACGCACAUGAGGACACAUACUGGUGACAAACCUUACAAAUGUGAUGUUUGUGGGAAAGUGUUCAGUGUAACAGGAAACUUACAAACACACAUGAGGAUUCAUACUGGGGAUUAACCUUAUAAAUGCAUGUGAUUUUUGUGAGACAUGAAUAUUAAAGACACACAUGAGGACAAAUACUAAUUAUCAAUUUUAUUGAUGUGAUUUACCCCAAUGAAAUUGAGUAUAGUCUUAUAGAUUUAUUUAAUAUACAAAAUUACAAAUAUACAAAUAUCUUUGUAGUCAAAGCUGAAACAACAGUUAGGCCAAACAAAAUUGAUAAAUAGUUUCUCAGGCCAAAAUUUUUUAAUUUUGAUGAGGUAGAGAGGUAUUUUUAUGCCCCCGAGAUCGAAGAUGGGGGGGCAUAUUGUUUUUGUCCUGUCUGUCAUUCUGUAAUUCUGUCAUUCUGUCUGAAACUUUAACCUUGCUAAAAACUUUUGAACAUUAAGUCAUAGAGCUUUGAUAUUUCACAUGAAUAUUCCUUGUUACAAGACCUUUCUGUGGGUACCAACAUUUUCACCCCGUGACCUUGACCUUGGAGUUUGACCUACUUUUUGAAAACUUUAACCUUGCUAAUAACUUUUGAACAAUAAUUUUUUUUUUUUUUUCUUUUUUUAUAUUUUUUUUUUUUUAAACAUACACACAGUAUAUAUAUACAUACAUUAUGCAAAGAAACUUGUACAAAAUGUUUAUAAGAACUAUCAAAGGUAUAUGUAUAUAUUAUUUUCUGAGAGAGAGAGAGAGAGAGAUGAGUUCAGUCAUUAUUUAAUAUAUUUUAAAAGGGUACAUAUAUAUUGAAAUUUAUAAAAAAGAUAAUUUUCAAACAAAAAACAAAAAAAUAAACAACAACAGCAAACAAACACUCAAUGAAAUAAUUGAUUCCAGCGGUUCCAGCAGGUGUCAAACAAAUCUUUUUCACCAUUUUUAUAUGCAAUAUGUCUUUGAGUUUCAUAAAAUGUGUUCAUUAGCGAUAUUGCAACAUUUACAUUCAGUGUCUUCCCUUUACACCUCAUAGUAUAGAUAUAAUAUUUCAGCCAAAGAACAAGAUUAUUUUGUAUAGUUUUCUUUUCAUCCAAAAAUCCAAAAAUAAAAUUAUUUUUUGUUAUUGAUAUUUGAAGAUUGGUCUUAUGUUCAAAACAAACUUCAAAUUCUCUUAAGAAAUGCUGAACACUAUCACAUUCCCAAAACAAAUGUUCAAUUGUUUCUUCUUCUAUCUGACAGAAUGUACAAUUCUUAUCAUCUCUAAUUUUGAUUUUGAAUAAGUAUGAGUUUGAAGCUAAAAUUUUGUUCAGAAUUCUGUAUUGAAACCACUGCAGUUUACAAUUACUUGUAACUUUAAAGGGCAGUCUGAAGAUCAUUUUCCAUUCUGUGUCAUUUAAUUCAAAUAUUUCAUUCCACUUUCUUUUACCAGUAGGUUCUGUGCAGUUUUGAUUGAGAAGAGUAUAAAAUUGUCUUGAUUUUUUGCAUCGUAGAAGAGUGUAUAUACUCAACAUAAUCAGAGGGUUUGUUAAUUUAAUUAAUUUUUUAUCAAACUUGACUUUUUUCAUCCAUGCUUUAAUAGCAUUUAUGACACUCAUAUAUUCUAAAAAAUUGAUUUUUACUUUUGGAUAAAUGUUACAGAAAGAUUCAUAAGUCAGGAACAAACCCUCUUCAUCAAUAAGGUCAUUAAGGUAUUUAAUAUUAUUGAGAAACAUGGAUUUAUUGAGAAAUGCUUUCCCACCCACAAGAAAGUUAGAAUUGUAAAAUAUUGGAGUAUCUACUGUUACUGUAAAUGGAUUUUGUUUAAGCUGUAGCUCAAUCCAAGAAUCAAAUACAUCAACCCAAAAUUUGUUUUUCAGCGAUGUCUUAAUGUUUUUUAUGUAUUCUAUUCCACAUGUAGUAACUUUAUUAAGAUCUAAAUUUGGUAUAAAAUUAUGUAAACCCCUAUCUGAAAAAAGGAGUUGUCUCAUCCAAAACAAUUUUAAAGAGGCUAUAAAAGCCUUUACAUUGAUCAUUUUUAACCCACCAUCCUCAUAUUGCUUUACGAUUACCUCUUUUUUAAUUCUAUGUUGAGAAUGGCUCCACAAGAAAGAAAAGAAUAGUUUAUCUAAUUCUUUACAAUAGCUGUCAUCAGGAUUUGGAAUUGCCAUAAAAAUAUGAUUUAAUAGAGGCAAGACCAGAGUUUUGAUCACAGUAAUUUUUCCUAUUGGUGUCAAAUGUCUUUUCUCCCAUUGAUUUAAGAUUGAUUUUAUUCUGCUUAGCUUUGGCUGAUAAUUUAGUUUUGACAUGUUCUGUAAUUCUACAUCAAAAUUAAUUCCAAGUAGAGUAAACUUACAAGUCCCCCAAUUCAGAUGAAAGUCUUUAGAAAGGGUAUCCUGACUAUAUUUUUUUGAUCCAAUCCAUACUGUAUUGGUUUUUGAAAAAUUAACUUUUAGUCCUGACAUUUCAGAGAAGUGUCACAAUACUUUUAUUGUUUCUAGAAGAGAUUCCUUGCUACCAUCAAGUAUAAUUGAUGUAUCAUCGGCUAGUUGUGAAAUUUUCUUUUCAUUGUUAUUUAUAGUUAUACCUUUAAUACUUUUAUUUUCUCUUAUUUGUAUAGCUAAAAUUUCUGCGCAAAGAAGAAAAAUAUAAGGUGAUAAAGGAUCACCUUGUCUACAUCCUCUUUGAAUGUUGAAAGAUGCCGAGAGAUUGCCACCUUGGUUAAUAGUAGAUAUGAUGUUAUGAUAGAAUAAUUUCACCCAUUCAUGAAUAAUUUGAACAAUAAUUGAUAGAGCUUUGAUAUUUCACAUGAGUGUUCCAUGUGACAAGACCUUUCCAUGGGUACCAACAUUUUUGACCAUGUCACCUUGACCUUGGAGUAUGACCUACUUUUUGAAAACUUUAACAUUGCUAAUAACUUUUAAACAAUAAGUGAUAGAGCUUUGAUAUUUCACAUGAGUAUUCCUUGUGACAAGACCUUUCCAUGGGUACCAAUAUUUUUGACCCCUUGACCUUGGAGUUUGACCUACUUUUUGAAAACUUUAACCUUGCUAAUAACUUUUGAACAAUAAGUGAUAGAGCUUGAUAUUUCACAUGAGUAUUCCUUGUGACAACACCUUUCCGUGGGUACCAACAUUUUUGACACCGUGACCUUGAUGUUUGACCUACUUUUUGAAAACUUUAACCUUGCAAAUACCUUUUGAACAGUAAGUGAUGGAGCUUUGAUAUUUCACAUGAGUAUUCCUUGUGACAAGACCUUUCCGUGGGUACCAACAUUUUUGACCCUGUGACCUUGACCUUGGAGUUUGAUCUACUUUUUGAAAACUUUAACCUUGCUAAUAACUUUUGAACAGUAAGAGAUAGAGUUUUGAUAUUUCACAUGAGUAUUUCUUUUUACAAGAUCUUUCCGUUGGUAUUGAACCUUUUGACCUUGACAUUUGACCUAUUUUAAUUUUUUUUUUUUUUUUUUUACAUUGGUCAUAACUUCUAAAUGGUAAAUAUUAGAGCUUUCAUAUUGUACAUGAGCAUUUCUUUUGACAAGAUCUUUCUACUGGUACCAAGAUAUUUGCCCUUGUGAUCUUGGCCAUCUUCGGAAUUGGCCAUUAUUGGGGGCAUUUGUGUUUCACAAACACAUCUUGUUUUAAAUGCAUCUGAAUGUUUGGACUGUUGGUUUUAAUAUCUACUCAUUUUCCGACUACUAGUACCCGUAUUUGCUUCAAAGAAUUGAAAAUAAAUACAAUUGACAUC